AUGGACGCCACGUGGAGUAAUUUCCUGUUCCAGACCCCGCCCCCCAGGCCCCAAACGGAUGGAACCAUCCAAUCAAGGUCCUGCUGCGGGCUCACGGAAACCGCACACAGCCCCCCUCUGGAGCACGUGGAGGAAACCCCGCCCUCCACGGUGGACACCGCCGCUCUGAGUGAGGACCCUGCGCCUGUGAAGCCGCUGGUGUCGCGCUCCUCCUCCGGACUACACAUCUGCUCCAUCUGCAGCAAAACGUUCAGAAACGGCUACAACCUGCGGCGGCACCAGGCCGUGCACACAGGCGUCCGCAUGAAGGACCGAGCCGCCCGCGGAGUGACCGGGGUCAAGGGUCAAGUCCCGCUGUCCCUGCUGCAGCUAAGCCCCGCCCCCCAGCCCCCCCUCGCAGACACGCAGGCCGAGACGUCAGCCGGCACCAUGACGACCGCCACCAUGGUGACCACGCAGACUCUGACCACAGCUGUGGUUGUUGCUGGGACGAUGGUCCAGGUAUCCCACGGUGCCGUGCGUAAGAACCACGCGUGCGAGGCGUGCGGCAAGGCCUUCCGUGACGUCUACCACCUGAACCGCCACCGGCUGUCCCACUCGGACGAGAAGCCCUUCAGCUGCCCCAUCUGCCAGCAGCGCUUCAAGCGCAAGGACCGCAUGAGCUACCACGUGCGCUCGCACCAGGGAGGCGUGGAGAAGCCCUACGUGUGUCCACACUGUGCCAAGGGCUUCUCCAGGCCAGAUCACCUGGUUUCCAGCCCGCGUCAGACGCGGGUGCACUCUGAGCGACCCUUCAAAAUUGCGGACCAGGGUGUGUUUUGA